CCCCCAUUUACAGGUUUCGCGAGACUCACGCAGACGCGUCGGUGUGCGGGAGCGUUUGUCCGCCUGACAAACAGGACGAUACUGAUAUGAAAUCUGCGUCAAGGUAAUAAAAAUGCGUUUUCUGAGCAGAGGGCUCGGCUGCUAACGCGAUGCUGCUGCUGGUGUCUGUUAGCUGCCGCAGGGGGACGGUGCUAGCGCAGCGUUAGCUAGCCGCCUCCACUUGGAUCCACAGUCACAUCUGCAUUGAGGUAGAGCCAGGACCGACGGGAGGAGCUGCAGCCUUUGACUUUCUGGAGGCAUGUCCAAGAAAAGAGGCAGAAAGCGAAGCAGCGGGGAACUGAAUGACACAGUGAGCCCCGACCCCAAUAGUAUUCUAGGAGUGCGUAUUCAACACAACUGGCGUGAGAAGGGGAACCAGAGCAAAUGGAAGGGAACAGUGCUUGACCGGCUUAGUGUAAAUCCCUCCCUCUUCAUGGUGAAGUAUGACGGCUUUGACUGCGUCUAUGGCAUCGAGCUGUUCAAGGACGAGAGAGUGUCCAACUUGCAAGUCCUGUCGGAAAAAGUUGUAAACAACAAAAUCAAGAUACCUCCAGGGGCGGAGGAGCUGGUGGGCAAAGCUGUUGAGCAUCUUUUUGAAAAGGAGGAUGGAGAGAAAAAUGAGUGGAGAGGCAUGGUCCUCUCCAGAGCUCCAAUCAUGACCAACUGGUAUUACAUCACGUACGAGAAGGACCCCGUUCUUUACAUGUACCAGCUGUGGGAUGACUACGCUGACGGAGACCUAAGGAUUCUUCCUGAAGCAGAAAACAAGCACCUGUUGCCUGCAGACAGGAAGCCAGGAGAAGAGACAGAGAGUCUGGUGGGGAAACAAGUGGAGUAUGUUACUGACAAGGGCGUGAAGAGAACUGGCCUGGUCAUCUACCAAGUCCCGGCCAAGCCCUCCGUCUACUAUAUCAAAUACGAUGAUGACUUUCACAUUCAUGUAUAUGACCUGGUCAAAACCACCUAGAGAGAGUGGACACUGACCUCACCCUCCAGCCCUCCCUCCAUCUGCUUCUGUUCCACUCAUCGUUACAAUCUUGUUAUUCAAAGCCAGGGCAGGGUUGGGUAGUUAAUAGGCUUUAUUGUUGAGAAGAAAGUGCAAUCUUUUGUUGUAUGCACAGCAGAACUGUAGCACCACUAUGCUUUGCUAUUUUGAGGGAGUCAACUUGUUUUAUUUUUGCUGCUCUACUUUAUACUUUAUACUUUAACAUUUGGAUUGAACAAGAUUGCACUGCCCAACAGCUGCAAAGUGCAGUUGAUACUAGAAUUUUGCAAUGUUGUCCUGGACACAGUAAUCUGUUUAAGAUUUCCCUUUAAAGACCCUUUACUUUAGAUUUUCUGGGUAGUGCGUUUGGUAUACACACUUUUGUCUGUGUAGAAGCAUUACAGGGAGACAUUUAUUUAAUGUUAUGGGUAGAUAAAUACCUCUACUGUAUUUAUCUAACAAUAUCCAAUCAAUCAGUGUUAGUAGUGGAAGAAAUGAAUAAAAGCAGCAUUGUAAAGUCA